GGAUCUAUCCUUAAACCGUUUAGCAUCUUUCCUCUCGAUUCUCGGCAUCUCCCCAAACAGAUCCCAUCCCCCUUAGCCCACUUGCCUCAUCCGACGGCUCACAUUCGCUCUCCUCCCCUCCAGUCCCACCUUAUAUAUUCCCCACACGCACGCCAUAUGAUAUGCACAUACACAGCUCAAAAACCUCCAGGAGUUUUCAUUAGGUCCCCGGCCCUGGAAAGACUUAUCAUCGGUCGCAGUAUCGUGUCGGUUUUAUCGUAUGUGAAGGCGGACGGCUGCUGAUUAUCGAAGAUGAAUGCGUUGGAUUCUCCCUUGGAGGCGCUUGCGAUCAACUACGUGAGGUUCGGGUUGCUUGCCGUGGUGAACAACUUAUGGACGUGGGUCGCGGUCGUCACGGCGGCUGUCAGCUUCUGGAGGAUCCGAGCUACUGCCACCUCUGUCAGAGCUGCUGCUGCGGUCGGCUGCUCCUCCAUGCCUGAACCGCAGUCGCCCCACGAAGAUGCCUGCAGCAGCUCAAAUGAGUGCCGGUCAGUUCUGCAGGGGAAACCUCGCCCCAGCCGGCAGGCUGAUGACGUUUCAUCACGUGGCAUCGCCGCCUUGGCUCAUCCCCUCGUGGCGGUUUCUAGCAAAUAUGAUGUGACGAAAGGGAGGUUCACAGUGUAUUAUGAGGAUGACCGCGAUGUUAAUCAUAAUCAAAAUGAAGAGGCAGAGGCGACCGCAACGGUAGGGGCCGAAAAGUGCGAUGGCGGCAUCUAUGGCAGCAGAUUAGAGUGGUCGGGCAGGCGAGAUAUGGUUUUCAGAGUGAGAAAUGGGGAUUCGGGAUGGUACCGGUACCAGGACUUGAAGGUAUUCGACGGCAGCGUCGUGAGAUUAUGGGAUGAUGCGCAUAUAGUUCCAUGGUGAGGACACAAGUUUAAUAGACCCAGCUAGCUAACAGCUCAAGCUGUGCCCUGUGUUAGGUAGAUUGCUGGCUGUAAAAUUAUUCGAUCAGGACUGUAUGUUCUUUUUCUUUUUCCGUUUAGCCUGAUUAAUUCUGACACGAGGUUGUCAGAUUUGUGUAUACACUGAUUGGUGGUUGGGACAAAUCCCAAAGCAAUGCCUGAGUUUGAAGCCUUAAGCACGUUUAUCACACUUGUGGAAAAA